AUGGAUAUGCAAGGUUCUAAGAAUAAUUAUGAUAACUCCUCUUCUAAGCCAAAAUCUAUUCCUCAUAAAUAUUUUGUUUGCAAAUAUUGCGGAAGGAUAUUCCUUAACGCGCAAGCCUUAGGCGGGCAUCAAAAUGCUCAUAAGAAGGAAAAACAAGAAGCGCAAUUUUACAAAGAAGAGAUCAUGAGAUCAAUGAUGAUGGCGAAUCCAGCGACGCUGUUGUUCCCCUACUCCGUCAUUCAGCCCCAUGGUGUUGCGCAGCAUCAGAUCACAGCAGCCGACUACCCCUCUUUUAGUAGGGCUUGGUCCUCCAACAGUCUCGUCGUGGGCAGCAGCAGUCAGUACCCUCACCCUGUAACAAGUAACUAUUGGCCCGGAAGUUAUCGCCUGGAGGAUGGAAGUGGAACACCCUAUUGUCAUGUGCCUGAUGUUGGGAGGACCGAAGAAAUUCAAGAGAAGCAGAUUGAGAAAGAAAGUACUCCUAUUACACAAGAGUCUGAGCUCCCUGACCUCAACUUGGAUCCCCCACUUUAA